AUGUCGACAGAACAGACUAGCAAUGGACCGACAUUAUGGAGCGUCCUUGCUUCAUCAGGCGCUCCAACAACACGACCUACGCCUACGCCACAGCAGCGAUCUGUCCUCGCAGUCUUGAUGGUGAUCUGGACCAUCUGGAGCGGCAUUUUGUCACUUCGCUACAGCGCCAUUCAAACUUGUGCAUCGCUUAUCGCUGUAGAGGAGCGCUCGGCUUAUUGCGACAAGAUCGUUAAAGGCGGCGUCACGCCUCCACCCAAGGACAAACGAGACUCUGGCAAGCUCUUUGCUAUACCUUUCAAUGCCAAGCUCUUUCCUAUACCUUUCAAUGCCACGAGUCUGACGGGCCAAGCCUCUAAUUACGCAAUGAUGGUCAAUUGGGAUCAGCCAGACAUCUAUACCGAGUUAUGCCACCUCAUGGGCAAAGCAUGGAUCUGCGGCAUCUUCUGCUACUUCUUUGUCACGAAAGCGAUACCUUGGCUCGAGUCGAAAUACUCUCGUAGGAUCGCAAAGCGUGCGAGAACACGUCGAAAGAAGGACUAG